AUGGGAAACACUUAAGGGACACCAAGUGAUUUGGAUUCUUUUAAGAAAUAUGGUGGGCUUACAAUAAAGCAUGUUAUGUUGUUAAGGUAGAGUAUAAAAAUAGGAUUAGAGAGCGACUUGAAAUGUUAUCAGAGGCGGAUUUAAGUAUAACAAAAGAUGCAUUUUCGUUGGCAAUGAAGACAAAAGAGGAGGAGACAGAGAGAGUAUAAAUAAUAUAAUAAUAAAGAUAUUUCGAAUAUUUGAUUUGAGUAGUUCAGGAAAGAUUGAAACAUUAGAAUUUGUAUGUGCAUUAUCUUUGAUGGCAUAUGCAAAUUUAAGGGUAUGAUAUAUAGAUGAAUAUUAGGAAAAAUGUGAUCUAAUGUUUGGAUUGUAUGAUUUUGAUCGUAAUAGAACAAUGAAUAAAUAGGAAUUGAUAAUAUUGAUAAAAACAGUUCUAACAACAAUAAAUGCAAUAUCAUCAAAGGGUGAAUGUUCAAUAUAAGAAGCAGUUGGGAUAGCAUAGGUUAUAUUAGAUCGUUAUGAUACGAAUGGAGAUGCAUCUAUUUCAGCAAAAGAAUUCUACAGUUUCAUUUCAAAAGAUCCUGAUAUAGUAAAAAUGUUAUUAAGUUAUGGAUUAAUAUCAAUAUAAGAUUUAAGAUUUAAUUUUGGUGAACCAUAGAAUGCUGACUUACCAGUACCUGAAGCAGAUAGUGAUUUAGAAAAUGAAAUAUAUAAAAGUAGGAUAAUAAAGACACCGGAAGAUGAAGCAGUAGCUUUAGGAGUAGAGGUAGAAAGAUAAGGAAGUGGAAUUGAAUAAUUACCAUGGUAUUAAUAAUUAGCUAGAGAUAAUAUGAUAAUGGAUCCAGAUGAUCCUGAGGAUGUAAAUGGAAAUCCACCUAAUGCUACUUUAGAAAUUGAUCAUGUUUAUGGAUUUAGAUGUUAUGAUAGUAGAAAUAAUGUUAAAUAUUCUCUGGAAAAUGAAAUAUUGUAUCAUACAGGUAGUUUAGUAAUAAAGCAUGGAGAUAAAUAAGAAUUCUUUAUGGAACAUACUGAUGAUGUUACAUGCCUAGAUGUGUGGGAACAUUUAGUUGCAACUGGAUAAAUGGGAUCAAAACCAUCAAUCUUUGUUUGGGAUUCAAGAUCUAUGGAAUUAAGAGCUGUUUUUAGAGGUGUACUUUCUAUUGGAGUUAGUAAUUUAUGUAUUUCAAAUGAUGGAAGAAAAUUAGCUGCUGUUGGAAUGGAUGAAGAUUAAUGUGUUGUUGUAUAUGAUAUAGAAAAAGGUACUUAAACUAGAAUGAAUGGAAAAAGAGAUGAAUCUUUAUUAGCUAAUGGUAAAGGACCUAUUGUUGAAAUAUUUGAUAUUAAAUUUGAUAAAUCUGAUAAAUAAAUAGUUAUUGCAUGUAUGGGAGAAGUCAAUUUUGUAACUUAUGAAAAUAAUGUAUUAAGAGUGGUUAAAGGUAUGUGGGAUUCUAAAUAUUGUUCUUAUUAAGCUAUAUUAUCAAUAGGCUUAUUAGAGAAUGCUGUUGUUGUUGGAUCAUUUAAAGGAUAACUACUUUUAUGGAGAGUUGGUAGAACUACUAUGGCUAUAUCUGAUGCACAUAAAGGACCUAUUACUACUAUUCAUACUUGUACUAAAAAAAUUAUGAUUCUAACAGGAGGUAAAGAUGGUUAAAUUGGAUGGUGGGAUCAUAAUCUUAAAAAAGUAAGAGCGUUUAGUCUCAAUAAUUAAAAAGAUAUCCUAUUAAAUAAUAUUAAAAUUACUGCUCUCUAUGAAAAUUAAGAUUAAACUAGUAUUUUAAUUGGAACCAGAGGUGGAUAAAUUUUAGAAUUAUAAAAUAGUGAAUUAAAAGUUAGAGUUAAUGCACAUUUUGAUGGAAAAUUAGAAGCAUUAGUUUGUCAUCCUACUAAAGAUUUAUUUUAUACAUCUGGUGAAGAUCAAAUGUUAAUGUUAUGGGAUUUAAGUACAAAAUAAUUAAAGGAAAAAAAGAAAUUUGAUUAUUGUAUUAAAACUUUAGAUGUUAAUGAUCGCUUUUUAGUUGGUGGAUGUGUUAAUGGUACUGUGUUAUUAUUGGAUCCAUAUAAAUUAACAUAAUUGUAGGAUUUUAAAGAUAGAGACAGUGAAAUAACAUGUAUUAGAAUAGUUGAUGAAUAUUUAAUUGCAUUCUACUCUUCUCCAUAUUAUGAAUUCUUUGUUUAUAGUAUUAGAUAAAAGUUUAAGAAACUUUUAUCAAUACCUGGCAGACCAGGGAAUUGUAUUUCAAUGGAUUAUUCAUUAACAAAGAGGAUUUUAGUAACGUUUGAUAAUCAAUAGAUUUGGUGUAUUGAUUUAGAUUAAAGAACUUUAAUAAGAUAUAAGGAAGAUGAUUGGAAAUCAUUUACAUCUAUAUAUGGAUGGUAACUCAAAGGAGCAUGGCCAUAAAAGAGUGAUGGAACAGAGAUAGUAACAGGUGAUAGAGAUGGUUCAAAAUAAGUAAUAGCGAUAGGAGACAAAUAUGGAUAAAUAAAGUUAUAUAAGUAUCCUGCUUAUAAAUAAAAUUGCAGUUUUUAUAGAUAUUUAGGACAUAGUGGUAGAAUAAGUAAGUUAAGAUUUUCAUUUAAUGAUAAAUGUUUAAUAAGUUUAGGAGAGAAUGAGAAAAGUAUAAUUUAAUGGAAUUUUUAGAUAGAGUAGAAUGUAGUAGAGAGAAAUAGUAGUGCAAGUCAUUCUAGAAAUAGAAGUGUUUUUAAAUCAGAGGUUGAACAAUUUGAUGAUUAAAUGGAUGGAAAUGAUAAUCAAAAGACAAAUAAACCAUUUCUUGAUUAAAUAAAGAUGGAUGAAGGUGAAGAGGAAAUAAUGAAAUUACCAGAAAAUUAUUUAAAUUUACGAUAUAUAUUUGGAGUAACAACAAGUUAUAAGGGAAAUACUUUAUAUUAAUAAUUAAAAUAUGCAGGUCAACAAAAAAUAGUAUAUCCAAUAGGUUGUAUAUGUGUGAUACUAGAUACAAAAAUAGAUUAGAGUGCUCCAUAUCGAAAAUAGAAUUUUUAUUAUGGACAUUCAUAAUUGAUAUUAAGUUUGAGUGUACAUCCAAAAAGUUAAAUAAUAGCUACAGGUACAAUAGGAGAUGAAAUAAAUUUAUGGGAUGUAGAGAGUAGAUAAACAUUAGUUUAGAUUAGAGGAUAUCAUAAAGUUGGAAUAAAGAUUUUAAAGUUUAGUAUAGAUGGUACAUUAUUAUUAACAUGUGGAUGUGAUUAAUUCAAUUCUAUAUGUGUUUAUGAUUGGUAAGCUAAUAGAAUCAUAUGUAAUUCAAAAGUAGAUAAAUCAUCAUUGACUGAUUGUUGUUUUUUAGGUAAUUAAAAAGUAGUUUAAUUUGUAACAGUUGGUAAAUAUAUGAGAGUAUGGGAAAUAAAAGGAAGGAAUUUAUCAUUUGAUUAAUUUCCAGGUUAAUUAAGUGCAGUAACAUUUGCAUUUAAUAGUGAAUUAGUAUGUGCAAAUGAUUAGGGAGAGAUAAUGAUGAUAAAAAAUAAAUAAACUAAUAGAAUAAUGGGUCAUUCUGGAAGAGUGAAUGUAUUGAUUGCAGUAAAAUAGAAUUUAUAUUCAGGUGGUGAUGAUGGUAAAAUUAUUUUAUGGCAUUCAAUUUAAAAUUAAUUAUAAUAUAUCUAACAUUUCAUAGAGACAUAAACUCCACCAUUAUUAUCUAUGGAUAUUAGAAAUGAUAAUAUAGUAUUUUUAACAAGUACUUGUGAUAUUAAGGAAUUAGUAAUAACUGCAUAAAUACAUUCAAUUGAUAUAAUAAAAGGUCAUGGAGAAGAAGUAAAUGGAUUAGCAGUUUUUAAAUAUAAAGUUUAUACUUGUAGUAGUGAUAGAACAAUUAAAGUUUGGGAUAUUAGAAAUAGAGUAUGUUCACUUAAUAGUGAACCAUAUCAAUAUUAGUUGAGAUCAAUUGAUGUAUAUAACAGUUUAAUAAUAUGUGGAGAUGCCAAAGGAUUUUUAUAUCUAUUAGAUGAAAAACUUACACCAUUAGUGAGUGGAUCUACUAAUUUUAAUUUAAAAUAAAAAACAAUAGCUUAUGAGAUAUCAAGAGUUAAGUUUUGUCCAAGAGGAAAAAGAAUUUGUAUAGGUGCUUAAGGUGGACCAUCACAUGUCGAAAUUUGGACAAUUAGUUAAGCAGAUAAUGGAUAUAAAUUCGAUAAAGAUAAAUAAAUAAUAAAUUGUGGUUUUACAGGAGGUAUUAUGUAAAUGGAUUGGUCAGAAGAUGGUAAUCAUAUAUUAGCAUCUUCUUUUAAUUAUGAAUUAAAAUGUAUAUCAUUAAGUAAAUAACGUGAUGUUCAAUAUAAUUAUGAUAUCAAAUGGUAAACAUGGUCUUGUAUUUAUGGUCCUGGAUUAUAAUACAUAUAUCCAAAUACUCCUGGUGAAGAUAUCACAUCAGUUUGGUUACAUAAAACUAAAGAAAUUAAAACUGAUACAGGAAUCAACAAAGAAUAUGUAUUUAUGGCAGGAGAUAAAUAUGGUAAUUUAUAUUUAUUUAAAUAUCCUAUUACAGGAAAAUGUUUUAGAUCUUAUAAAGGACAUAGUGGUCCUAUUAAUUGGAUUUAAUUUUGUAUGGAAACUGAAGCUAAAUAAUAUGCUAUAUCUGUUGGUUAAAAAGCAAUCAUGGUUUGGUAAUUAGAAAUUGAUGAACCAACUAUUUUAGAUCCAGAAAUUGAAAAACAAUUAGGAAUUAAUGCUUAGUCAUAAAAAAAAACAGGAUUAGAAAAAUAUGGAAUUGUCUAAAAUUAAUAAGUUAAAGAAGAUGAAUUUGUAAAUAAGAUAUCUUUAAAACCAUGGGCUUCUAAUAUUAAAGAACCUUCUUCAUAUUAUAAAGAUCCAAUUAAUUAAAAUACACCACCAUUAAUUGAUUUAGAAUUAGAACAUGCAUUUGGUUAUAGAGGAAAUGAUUGUAAAAAUAACAUUAGAUUCUUAAAAUCAGGAAAUAUUGUAUAUCAUUCAGCUUCAUUGGGUAUUGUUUUAGAUAUGAAUCUAAAUUAAUAGAAAAUAUUUAAUAUGCAUGAAGAUGAUAUUAUAACUAUGGAUUUACAUUAAGAUGGUAUAAGAGUAGCAACAGGUGAAAUUAAUACUGCAAUUAUUUAUGUAUGGGAUAGUAACACUUUGUAAGCUUUAUGUAAAUUCUCUUAAUUAACAAAUGGUAUAAGAUCUCUUCAUUUCUCACCUUUUAACUAAUUGAUUGCUGUAGCCAUGGAUGAAUUCACAACUAUUGCUAUUUUUGAUAUCAAUACUAAAUGUGAAUCUGGUGGUUCAUUAGCAUUUAAAUAUUAAUCAGGAAAAUAAGUUAUUAAUGAAAUUAAAUGGAUGAAUGAAAAUAUUUUCUAUACUAUUGGACCUUAACAUCUUAAAGAAUGGAACUUAACUUCUUAAAUCACUAUUACUAAAAUACCCAUUUAGGAUAAACUUAUUUUGAACACAUUCUUAAUUGAUGAUGAGGAUAUCUAUGUUGCUGAUAAUAGAGGAAAAGUUCUGAUAUUUUAGAAAAAGGUUUUGUCACAUACACUUGAGCAUCAUAUCUAGUAGGUAGAUGCUCUAUUUAAAACUAGAGACUAUUUAUUUACUGGAGGUAAAGAUUAACUUAUAACUAUUUAUGAUGCUAAAUAAAUUAAAGAAGAUUUCAUUCUUCAAUUCAAAUUAUUAGAUCUCAGCAAACAAGCAUUUUAUCCCAUUAUCAGAAGUCUUUGCUAUUUUGAAGAGAAAUUAGUUGUAGGUACAUUUGGAUGUGAAAUUUGGGAAUUAAGUACAAAAGAUACUAAACUCACAAAUCAAACAAAAUUCACACCAAAGAUUAUGAUGAAAGGACAUUAUCAACCAUAAAGUUAAAGUGAAUUAUGGGGAUUAGCUAUUGAAGGAGAUUUCGUCUAUUCAUGUGGAGAUGAUGCAACUCUUAGAUAAUGGAGUGUAUCAUAAAGGAAAUAAAUUCUAUUCAUUAGAACAGUAUAGGAUUCUAACUUUGUAGAUAUAAAACCUGAUGAAAAUGGUGUAUAUCCAGAUAGUGUUAGAGGUCGUUCGAUAGCUGUAAAUUCUGAUUUCGUUAUAGUGGGAUUUAAAGAUGGAGGUGUAAGAGUUUAUGAUAGAGAAUUAAAACAAAAGAGUUAUUUUAAAGUAGCAAAAGAUUGGAUUUCAGAUAUAAAAUGUUCACCAAAUAAUGAAUAUGUAGCAUUUGGUUCACAUGAUAAUUGUAUCUACAUAUAUAGAUUACCAGAAUUUGUAAUACAUUUAAAACCACUUAGAAAACAUAGUUCAUUUAUAAAAAAUAUAGAUUUUAGUUUAGAUAGUACGAAAUUAAUAUCUACUUGUGGUAGUUAUGAUCUUAUCUUUUGGGAUGUAACUACAGGUAAAUAAAUGCCACAAGGUAGAAAUAUAUUAAGAGAUGAAAAAUGGGCUAGUUGGACUAAUACACUUGGAUGGCCAGUUUAAGGAAUAUGGCAUGAUGAUUAUAAUGGUUAAGAAAUCAAUUGUGUUUGUAGAUCCAAUUCUCCAUUUGCACCUAAAUAGCCUGAUAAUUAUUAUUUAUUAGCUGUUGGUAAUGAUUUUAAUGAAAUCCUUUUAUACAGGUAAUUAACUUAAAUUAUAUUUAGAUAUCCAUGUAUUAAUAAGAAAUCUGAACCAAUUUAAAGAAGAGGACAUUCUUCACCCAUUUCAUAAGUUAAAUUUACUUAGGAUGAUUAAUAUUUAGUGACUAUGGGAGGGGAAGAUAUGACAAUCCUUUUGUGGAGAGUCAUCAAAAAAUUAUGAAAUUUAUAUUCAAG